AGUUACCAACGAACGAAUCGUGUCUGAAACAUUCCCCGUUGCGGCGGCGCUGUCUCUUUGGCGCGGCCGCUACCACCACCACUGCACCACACCACACACACAUUUUCCAUUUUCCCCACCAAAGCAACAAGGUUUUUGUUUGUGAUUAAAUGGGUGAUGACGACGACAACAACUCCUCCUCCCGGUUUGUUCCAUACACGUGUCGAGAUCCAUUUGUCAGCCCACUUCUCGAUAACUUUUUUAUCGAACCGGACCCUGCACCCGAACCGAACCUACAAAAUGAUGAACAGCAAUCCCUGCAGGGUGGUUAUGUUUCCUCCACGGGUUCAACGAUCCAAGAUCAAUCCCAGCAGCAUUUUUGCAAUGACAAUUUUACCAUUGGUGGAGGAGGAGUUCCUAACUACCAAGUAGCGGGGUCUUCCAAGAACAAGCGUACAUAUCCCUUCACUGAUGUGGAUAUUGAACAUCAAUCCUUCAGGUAUGACUUUAAAGCGGGUCCAUCCAAUCUGAAUCAGCCUGAAAGUGGGAUUAUGGAUUGGCCUCCUGUGCCAAGGCCAUUCUUUUGCACUUGCUGCCAAGUUCUAAGACAGACAAUUCACACCAAUGGUAAUGAUCUUGAGAGACUUGAAAUACAUGGGAGGAUAGGGUUGAUCAACCAUAUAAUAAUUCAGAAUCAGAGUAUUACGCCGGGUGAUCCUCCAUGUGACAAUUAUGAUCAAAUGAUUGAUUUCACCAACGGAACCCCUGCAGAAGUUAAGGGUUUCCUUGAAGAUUACAUUGCGCAGAAGGAUAAAUUAGGGUACAUUAUUGUGGAAGAAGCUUUUUCUGCGUUUUAUGAAGCCCUCUGCACCAAAUUAGAUUGGGUUGGAAAACGCACUAAUAACGAAGACGAUGAUUUGAUUCCACCAAAUUUGGAGAAAGAAGGACCUGAGGCUGAGCCUGAGAAAAGAAGGCAUAAACGUAGUCGCAAAGAUCAGGUUAUUGAUAGAGCCACCAGUGCAGCAAACGCCGUAGAUACCACAUUAACACCAGAAGGAGCACGUGCAGAAAGGCUAAAGAGGAACGUUUUGCGACCCAAACACUUAGACGAUUACGUAUGAAGUGCAUGCAUCUCCUAAUAAGCUUAGCAUGACCGUUAGUUUGUUUGUUGUAACAGCUUUGUAAGUAGUUACGUACAAUAGCAAUAUGAAGAACGCUGUAUAUAAAGCCUUGCACGAAAUGAAUAAAACCAGAGAAUAUUAUUGAGAGAGUUCUA